ACUUAUGUAUGACCUAAUGACUUAUGGAGUUAUGGUACGUUUUGUUUACCUAGGUAGGUACCUAAAUAUCAAAGAGUAAUACUACUACGUUCUACAAUAUUUCUGGGUUAAUUUAAUUUCGGUGUCGUUAUUUACUAAACAAUGCGGAUUACACUAAUUCGAAAAUUUUGUACUAACAUCCCGAAACAUGGAACGUUUGUGGAGGAAAUGCAAAAUAAUUUCAUUCCCACAAACCUCUUCCAAAAAACAUUGUUAUCAUGCGGAUCCGCGGCCGUAGCUCUUCUGAAUCCGCAUAGAGGUGAUAUGAUCGCUUGCUUGGGAGAAGUUACUGGUAACGAUGCUUUAAAGUACAUGAGGAGUAAAAUUAUUGAAACACAGGAAGGCAAAGAAAUAUUACAAAACAUGCCGCGUAUAAAUUCGAAAACAGUUUCGUUUCAAAAGCUGUCCGAGUUACCAGAGAACACACUUGGGCGUGUAUACGCAGAUUUCAUGAGAGACAACAAUAUUACAGCAGAUUCUCGUUUACCUGUACAAUUCAUAGAUGACCCAGAGCUGGCUUACGUUAUGCAACGUUAUAGAGAAGUUCAUGAUUUAGUUCAUGCCACUUUGUUUAUGAAGACUACUAUGUUGGGAGAGGUGACAAUAAAAUGGGUUGAAGGCAUACAGACCAGGCUGCCAAUGUGUAUUAGCGGUGGCAUCUGGGGUGCGGGCAGACUCAAACCAAGACACAGACACCUGUACCUUCAGUAUUACUUGCCUUGGGCUAUCCGGACAGGAAAUAAUGCCAAGUUUUUACAAGGUAUUUAUUAUGAAAAACGAUGGGAACAGGAUAUAGAUGAAUUUCACAAGGAGAUGAAUAUUGUCAGAUUGAUUAAAAAGUGAUAUUGAAACAUUAUCUAUGAUUAUUCUUGUUAUUAUACCUAUUAAGAUUGGUGAAUUAAACAGUUUUGAAGAUAUUACUCAGUAAGGUAUCAUUUAUGUUACUAUUUUAUUAAUAAAAAGAAAAUAUCUUAGAAA